AUGGUGCUCCUGCCCCUCUGGCUAGUGGCAGCCGCGCUCCUGGGGGCCCGCGCUGCGCCCGGCCGGCAGGCUGGUAAAGAACAGCAGAUUCAAAUAGGCUUCCGAAGAGGCAGUCCCAGGCCGUAUGGGUUAGUGAUUCCCAUUAGCACCAAUGCAGACGGAAGCUACGUGUCGCACGUCCUGUCGGCGAGCCACCAGCGGCGCUGGGCGCGGGAGGUGUCCCAGAGCCCCAGGCAGCUGUACUUCAAUGUCACCGCCUUCGGCAGGGACUUCCAGCUGCGCCUCAGACCCAACACUCGCCUGGUGGCUCCCGACGCCGUGGUGGAGUGGUACGAAGACUCUGUGGAGACUGGGAGCGACGCUGCUAACGCGACUCGGACUGGAAGUGGUACGGAGCGCUUAUGGAAGAGAGAGCCCCUGUGGACCAACUGUGCCUACGUGGGGGACAUUACGGACAUCCCCGGAGCUGCCGUGGCCAUCAGCAACUGUGAUGGGCUGGCUGGAAUGAUAAGAACUGAUGAGGAUGAAUACUUCAUUGAGCCUUUGGAGAGAGGAAAGCAGAUGGAAGAGGAGAAGGGAAGAAUCCACAUGGUGUACAGGCGGUCGGCGGUAGCGCAGCAUCCCCCCGCCGUGCUCCCCGAUGUUCACACCGAAGAGUCCCUCCUCGCUGGCCUCGGAGCGCUGAGUUCCCUGCACGGCCACCUGGAGCAGCGGCUGAACGAGACCCUGCGGCGCCGCCGGCACGCGGGGGACAACGACCACAACAUCGAGGUGCUGCUGGGGGUGGACGACUCUGUCGUCCGAUUCCACGGCAAAGAACACGUCCAAAACUACCUCCUCACCCUCAUGAACAUCGUGAACGAAAUUUACCACGACGAGUCCCUGGGUGUUCACAUCAACGUCGUGCUGGUCCGAAUGAUCAUGUUGGGGUACGCCAAGUCCAUCAGCUUGAUCGAAAGGGGGAACCCCUCGCGCAGCCUGGAGAACGUGUGCCGCUGGGCCUACCAGCAGCAGAAGUCAGACCCCGGCCACGCCGAGCACCACGACCAUGCCAUCUUCUUAACCAGGCAAGAUUUUGGGCCCGCUGGUAUGCAAGGGUAUGCUCCCGUGACGGGCAUGUGCCACCCGGUCCGGAGCUGCACCCUCAACCAUGAGGACGGCUUUUCAUCAGCCUUUGUUGUUGCUCACGAGACGGGGCACGUGCUGGGCAUGGAGCACGAUGGGCAGGGGAACAGAUGUGGGGACGAGACGGCGAUGGGCAGUGUCAUGGCCCCCUUGGUGCAGGCCGCCUUCCACCGCUACCACUGGUCCCGCUGCAGCGGCCAGGAGCUCAGGAGAUACAUCCACUCUUAUGACUGUCUUCUCGACGACCCUUUUGAGCAUGACUGGCCCAAGCUUCCUGAGCUGCCAGGAAUCAACUAUUCCAUGGAUGAGCAGUGCCGUUUCGACUUCGGCGUGGGCUACAGGAUGUGCACAGCAUUCCGAACCUUCGAUCCAUGCAAGCAGCUGUGGUGCAGCCAUCCUGACAACCCCUACUUCUGCAAGACCAAGAAAGGACCUCCCCUGGAUGGCACAGAGUGUGCCCCAGGAAAAUGGUGCUACAAGGGUCACUGCAUGUGGAAGAACACCAACCAGUUGAAGCAGGAUGGACACUGGGGACCCUGGACCAAGUUUGGCUCCUGCUCACGGACCUGUGGAACUGGGGUUCGCUUCCGCACGCGCCAGUGCAACAACCCAAUGCCCAUCAAUGGAGGUGACGAUUGCACCGGGGUCAGCUUUGAGUUCCAGCUGUGCAGCACCGAGGAGUGUCCCAAGCACUUUGAGGACUUCAGGGCGCAGCAGUGCCAGCAGCGCAAUUCCCACUUCGAGUUCCGGGGCAGCCGCCACCACUGGCUGCCCUACGAGCACCCCGACCCUCCCAAGAGAUGUCACCUGUACUGCCAGUCCAGAGAAACGGGGGAUGUGGCUCAUAUGAAGCAGCCAGUGCACGACGGGACUCGCUGCUCCUACAGGGAUCCCUACAGCAUCUGUGUCCGUGGGGAAUGUGUGAAAGUGGGCUGUGACAAGGAAAUUGGCUCCAGCAAGGCUGAGGACCAGUGCGGGGUCUGCGGCGGGGACGACUCCCACUGCCGGACCGUGAAAGGGACCUACACCCGCACUCCCAAAAAGCUUGGGUACCUUAAGAUGUUUGAUAUCCCUCCCGGGGCUCGACAUGUGUUUAUCCAGGAAGAUGAGGCCUCUCCUCACUUUAUUGCAAUCAAGAACCAGGCUACAGGACACUAUAUCCUCAAUGGGAAAGGGGAGGAGGCCAGAUCCCGAUCCUUCAUCGAUCUGGGCGUGCAGUGGGAGUACAGCAUCGAGGACAACACGGAAACGCUGCACACGGACGGGCCCCUGCCCGAUGCCGUGGUGGUGCUGAUCGUUCCCCGGGAGAACGACACCAGGUCCAGCCUGACUUACAGGUACAUCAUCCACGAGGAUUCGGUGCCCACCAUCCACAGCAACAACGUGCUGCGGGAGGACACGGACACCUUCGAGUGGGCCUUGAAGAGCUGGUCCCAGUGCUCCAAACCCUGUGGUGGAGGGUUCCAGUACACCAAAUAUGGAUGCCGUAGGAAGAGUGACAACAAGAUGGUUCAUCGAAGCUUCUGCGAAGGCAGCAAAAAGCCAAAGCCCAUCCGCAGGAUGUGCAACCUGCAGGAGUGCACAGAGCCCCUCUGGGCAGCAGAUGAGUGGGAACACUGCACCAAAACAUGUGGGAAUUCUGGCUACCAGCUCCGCACAGUGCGCUGCAUCCAGCCCCUCCCAGACGGCACCAACCGCUCCGUCCAGGCCAAGUUCUGCAGAGGGGAUCGCCCCGAGAGCCGGCGCUCCUGCAACCGGGCACCGUGCCCCGCUCCAUGGAAAGCCGGGCCCUGGUCCCAGUGCUCGGUGACCUGCGGGGAGGGGACGGAGAGCCGGCAGGUCCUGUGCCGUGCUGGGGACCGGUGCGAGGGGGAGCGGCCGGAGUCUGUGAGGCCCUGCAAACUGGCUCCCUGUGACGAUGAGCCCUGCCUGGGAGACAAAUCCAUCUUCUGCCAGAUGGAAGUGCUGGCCCGGUACUGCUCGAUCCCUGGCUACCACAAGCUGUGCUGCGAGUCCUGCAGCCGGCGAAGCGGCAGCUUCCCUCUACCCGGAGGGGCUGGCGCUGAGCGGGAUGCAGCCCUGGAUCCGGGCAGCCUGCCGAGGGCUCCGACGGCGUCCACGCCUGCGGCGCCCGCCCAGGCUCAGCUCCUGGCCGGGAGCAGCUCUCCGAGCCGGCUGCCUCUGGAAGCGCAGCAGGCUGAGCGGCACAUCCCGCCGUCCAGCCCCGAGCCCAGAGGUGCCAGCAUUGCGCACUGGAGAGCUCCUCUGGCUGGGAAGACUUCACGGCUGUUGGCUUUCCUGCGCCAGUCCCCUGCCAACAGCAGCGGCCUCAGCUCCGGUAGCGCCCCGGCGCUGGCCGCGGCUCUGCCUCUGGUGCCGGCAGAGAACACGGCAGCGGGGGCUCCUGCGCCGGCCAGGACCUCCGGGAGGGGCGAGGAGCGCACUGGGAAGCGAUGGCCUCCGAGGGCUUCCCCUGUGGAACGAUGA